AUGGCUUCUCGACGCGGGUCGAACGAAGACAACGGUCGAGGAAAUGCGUCCACCACACAUGAUGUACAACAACGGGAGCAGGCUGAAACCACGGAGGAGAUACGGAUUUGGUGUGAAAUGGUCUUUCGGUACCUUAGACGAGAAGUCCGGAUCAAAACGAGCAAACUUUGCAAUACCAUCACCGGAGCUGAACUCGACAGCCUCGGUGAAAGAGAGAAUAUGGUGCUUGCAGCAGAUGACGAUCGUCACGCUCGGGAACAUGAUGGCUAUCUGGGUCAAAUUAAGUUCAUGCUGCAGUCAACAGCCGCCGAAAAAAGUGAAGUCAGAAUGUUCUGCGUUGUAGAAAAUGAGGAUUCGGCAAUAGUCCUGAACAGAUCAACGAUACCGCAAGGUAGUGGGGAACCAGCUGUCUUAACUAUUAGCAACUCAAGUGCAGGAUCCAAAGAUGAGGCACGUAUGCUGAGAGAAGCCUGGGAACGAGUCAGAAAGAGAGAAAAAGAGAGAAGCGAGAAGAAACACGACGGUGAGGAAGACAGAAAAGAUCAGGAAGAAAGAGACAAGGCCAAUCAAACCACACAAACGAAUCAAGCCAACUAA